AUGUCUCCGCCACUGCUGGUUACUGAAGAUGAAGGGCAGAGCAAUGCCUCAAUGGUAGUUGCUGCAUCUUCACCAUCCUUGGAGUGUUUCCCUCCAAACGAGGCUAGAUUGAAAGAACGCAAUUACCUGAGAUUGUCAGAUUGCUCUUCGGUGGACAGUUCUACUGUCCCAAGCUUGUCUGGUGAGAAAAAGAACCUGAUUUUGAAGGCUACCGAGUUGAGGCUGGGCCUUCCUGGAUCCCAGUCACCUGAAAGGGAUCAAGAUCUUUUCCCAUUGACCUCAACAAAACUUGACGAGAAACCACUGUUCCCUUUGCUUCCUACAAAGGAUGGAAUCUGCACUUUGUCUCAGAAAACUGUGGUCUCAGGCAACAAGAGAGGUUUUGCUGACACAAUAGACACUGAGUUUCCUGGCAAUGCAGGAAUAAACAUGAUGCUGUCACCUAAACCUUCUGGGACUCAGCCAACCACAGUGAAAGAAAUACCAAACAAGGUGUUACAAGAGCGUCCUUCUGCAGCAAAUGGAACUGGUCUUAAUCAUACAGGAGCUUCUAUCAGUGGCAGUGGACCUGCUUCUAAGGCACAAGUUGUUGGUUGGCCUCCUAUAAGAUCAUUUAGGAAAAACUCAUUGGCCACCACUUCAAAGAACAAUGAUGAGGUAGAUGGAAAACCAGGUCUAGCCGCACUCUUUGUGAAGGUCAGCAUGGAUGGUGCUCCCUAUCUGAGGAAGGUAGAUCUAAGAAAUUAUACAACGUACCAGGAACUGUCUUCUGCCCUUGAGAAGAUGUUCAGCUGUUUCACUCUAGGUCAAUGUGGUGGUUCCCAUGGAGUGUCAGGAAGAGAAAUGUUGAGUGAGAGCAAGCUGAAGGACCUCCUGCAUGGUUCGGAAUACGUACUCACUUAUGAAGAUAAAGAUGGUGACUGGAUGCUUGUUGGAGAUGUACCAUGGGAUAUGUUCAUUGACACAUGCAAAAGGCUUAAAAUCAUGAAGGGUUCUGAUGCCAUUGGCUUAGUAGCGGUGCCCGGUUUUUCUAUUAUUCGCAGCUCCCAGGGCCAUGGAAAAAUCCAGGAGCAGGAGCUAGUUGGUAUUGUUGACUGCGUUUUGUCUGCUAUACUGAAGUUGCUGGAUAUGAUAAAGGUGUGGAAAGAGAACUAUGGUAUAAAUCUGAAUGCCGGGUUUUGA